AUGUCGGCAACUGUCACAGAGAACCCUGUCACGACGACAAUCCAACGAGACUACCUCCACGACUAUCAGAUUCGUCUCACUGGAGGCGUUGAGGAAGCCUUCGCGAGAGGCAAUGCGGAUGCUCCAUCGCCAGCAGCAGUGAACCCGCCCGGAUGGUACGACCAGCACCGCCAGGUCCCUCCAUACAGGCCGGCGAACACGAAUAUGGAUAUAGCAGACAGGCCAUGGGGGUCAAAUGGCAUCGAGUCGGCCUUUGUGUUUGUCAUGUUGAAUGGGUGUUGGCUUCAAGGGGUUACCAACUGGCUCUGGAGGUCGACGGGUGGAAGAGUGAAUAAGGAUAUUUUCAGGUUCAAGGUCGGUGGUGAGUUUUGA